CAUGGUAACGCAUGGAGGAGAGCAGCUUAGCAACACGGAGACGGAGAGGGAGCAUCUCUGGUCCAGACAGCGCGUUGCCAUCAGUAUUACACGAAAGGGCGACAAAAGGAAAAGAGCAGCGUCUAUAAAAGACAUCUUCUCUGCUCUCCACAGUCAUAAUGAAGUUUGUGGUGGUGCUUGUGGGAGCGGGCACUCUGGCCUUCCUCGGCGCGGUCAUCUGCAUCAUCGCCAGUGUUUAUCCCCGGAAACGCGCUGCGCCUCUCAGCGACAACAGCACACUGACACCGGACACGCUGCUCCAGCCCCUGGAGCAUGGAUCGAUGGCUCACGCCGGGCCGCUGGGCGCUCUGCACGGCGCAAAGUCCUACGAUGGGGGGAACGGGCUCGACGGCAUCGGGCUGGAAGUUCCCACUCUGAACGAGCUCAAUCUCGGAGAGGAGACCGAUGGAGGGUCCGCGAAACAGUUCAGCUUCAGCAGGUUGAUUUGCACACCUGUACAGGUGGGAGAAUGCAAGAGCAAAGAUCUGAGGCAGCGACGGGAGCAGGCGGACGAGCCGCUGUACGGAGCCGGGAACGAGGACUGGAGUUAUCUCCGGACCACCGCGGAGGAGCUUCGGCAGGUGGUCCUGCAGCAGAACGACCAGAUCCUCAUGGACCAGAGAACAAUUCGGGAGUUGACCGGGAAGCUGAAUGAGUGUGAGAGCGGCCUGGAAGACGAAAGGAGCGUCCCGGAGCGGAGCAUCGGCGUCUGGAGCGGCAACCGCCGCAUCAUGGCCGGAGAUGAUGUGAGCUCUUCGGCCGCGGCGCAGCUGCAGACGGCGCGGGCUGUGGAGGAGCUGGCCAGGGCCAUCAUGGACCUGAAGGACCGCAUCGAGAAACUCGAGGCAGAGAUAGGGCCAGCUGUCUUGAACCUCACUGAUACAUCUGUGGGUACAAGUAGCAGCAGCAGUGGUGGCAGCAGCCCAGCUCCCGUUCCGUCCACUGGGGGUGCUUCCUCCCCACCUGCAGCAGCUGCCCCAGGGGGGCGCCGUCCUGCCUCCCCCGCUUCCUCUGCUCUCAGGCCCCCAACUAAAGGUUCCCCUGGGCGUGGAAAGGGCACCUGGAGGGUGGAGGACCUGGAGGGAGAACUAGAGAGAAAGAUAAAGAUGUUGGAGAAGGAGCGUCAGGCCAUGAGGAAGGAGACACAGGGUCAACAUGAGAAGAUCAACCAGGACAUUGACACUGUCAGCCACCGCGUCACUGAACUGGAACACACCCUGUCAGAGCCGUCAUUCCCUGAUGGCUUCGUCCUUUCCUUCCCCAUGAGAACCAACUACAUGUACGGCCUGGUGAGAAAAGAGAUAACCGAGAUGUAUGCCUUCACUGCCUGUGUAUGGCUGAAGGCCAAAGAAGGAGGCAUCGGGACACCCUUUUCCUAUUCGGUGCCGGGGCAGCCUAAUGAGCUGGUGCUGCUACAGGGCGUCCACAACCCUGUGGAGCUGCUCAUCAACGACAAGGGGGCGAACCUGCCUCUUCCCCUACCACAAGACGAGUGGCAGCACAUCUGUGUCAGCUGGACCCUGAGGGACGGAGUGUGGAAGGCCUACCAGGGUGGAAAGAUGAAGGGGAAGGGGGAGGGGCUGGCUGCCUGGCAUCCCAUCAAACCAGGAGGAGUCCUCAUACUGGGACAGGAACAGGAUACGGUGGGUGGGCGAUUUGACGCCUCCCAGGCCCUGGUUGGGGAGCUCUCGCAGUUCAAUCUGUGGGAUCGGGUGUUGAAGCCAGCAGAGGUGGCUGCCCUGGCUGAAUGCAGCUCCUCUGCACUUGGCAACAUCACCCCAUGGACCGAUGACGACAUAGAUGUUUAUGGUGGAGCCACCAAGGAAUCCCUGGACCCCUGCCACGCUGCCCAGAGAUCCCAUCCCUCCAGCCCCAAACAGUGAAGGGGGAGGGGGUCGGCCAAGGGUGGUCAGGUUUGACCACCAGAAGUCUAUUCUGGAGAUUAAAGGCACAUCAUAUUGAAGAUUACAGUAUAUUUGUUUUCAGGAUGGGAUGCUUGCUGGUGAACUGAAAGACAGAGCUAUUAUGUUGUUAAGAGUGGUGUAUCUGUUUUGUUUUUUGUGCUGCUGUCACGCUCAUGUAUUUACCUCUACAGUGAGUUUAGUCGCAGAACCGCUUUGCUGAAGGCUGCAGUAGUGGAUCAACUUCUUGAACCAACAGGACUCUUAUGGAACCAUUCCAUAACAGACUACUGGUACCACCCUCUGUUUUAGGUGAUAAUCUGUUUGGCCAGUUAGCCACACAUGGUUGUUCAGGCAGAGGGCUUUGAAGGGUUUGGAUAACUACGGAAUGAACCUUUAAUGAUGCCAUAUCUAAGUGUUUCUUAAUGUUACAGCAAUGUGACAAAGUUCUGUCUUUUCUCAUCUUAUGUCCAAUUGAUUGUGUUUAACACUAAAACUGAUUUCUGAGAUCAUGCUAAUAUUGAUUUCUACAAAAUGAGUUUUAUUCAUUUUAAUUGUAUAUGAUCUUGUUAAGUAAUAUCUCUGUACUCUAAGUUUUAUAUGUUGCAUACCAUCAUUUGGUAAAACAGUGGUCUUAAAAAUGCAUAUUGUGUAAUGUAUCUCUGCUAAUGUUGCUCUGUUCCAGUCUGCUCCUCCUGCUGUAGCCUCUCACACACCUCACAGUUCGGCAAAGUUACUGUGCUCCUUUUUUAAAUUAAUUAAUUCAUUUUUUGCAACUUAAAAAGGAAUGAUCAACUGACCUCUGAAAGUAGCACCCAUCAGACUGAACUUGUCACAAACCUGACUGAGAUGGAAUGUAAUAUGCAUGAGAAAUAGAUUGGUUUCCCAGGCUACCCCGCACUCUGAAGCAGUGCAAGUUCUCUUUGGUAUCUAUUUGGUGUCAUCACUACCACCUGUAAAUUGCAUUUCUGUCAUAUCUAAGAAAAACACACAGACAUAAGGUUCUUUCUGGCUUACAGCACAUCGAAAUGGCCACAUGUCCAUCCUAAACAUCACCAGAUGGUAACUCUCUCACACUGCCUGAUGAAGGCUAAAGGGUAGACAGUUCAAUCACUCAUUUGGAAAACAACUACAGCAAAUUAGUGACUUUAACUCAUGACCAACAGGAAUCAGUUAUAUUUCUCAGAAUUUACCACUUAAUUUGUAUUUUGGUUCAUAACAUGGAGACAGAUGGGAGGUGCUAAAUCUCUUCUGUGCAAGUUCAAAACGGACGUCAUGGGAAUCGUGUUUAGAGAAGGUAGAGCAAGCCACCCACACUGUGCAGGGCGAGGGUUGGAUUUCUACUUUGGCCAACCACACCAAACAUACUGUAUAUCCACUCAACACUGUGCAGCAAAGUGAAGUAUGGUCAAAAUACAAUCAUUGCUUGUGUUCACUUUUUACCUCAAGAUUUCAGCCCCACAUAGGAUCUGACACCCUGUUGUAAAGUGCCUGUCUGGGCUCUCACGCCCGCAAAAUAAUCAGAUGUCUCUGUUUUCUUCUUCAUCGCCAUCUCUUUCUUCUCUCACUCUCUCUUGCUUUUGGUUGUUGAAGGCUGUGACAGUGUUCUGCUUGUCCUUAUUUGCAUCUUCAUGCAUCUUCUAUGGUAUUGUUAAAUAGAUGGGUUAAAAAAAUAAAAUUAUUAUGACAACAUUUCUGGGGUCAUAGUAUUUUAAAAAAUGACAUCAAAGAGAGGUGUGUGGCAUUAUUUUUGCUUUGGGGGCCAAAACCAGAUG